UAGAAUUUUAAAGUUGUACGAACCUAUCAGAGGAACAGCUAAAUAUUUUGGUAUUAUAAAUUCUAUAAGAAAUAAAAUAACUGGAACUGCUGAUAAUGUUUUGGAGUCGUAUAAUACUCCACUAAACUGGAACAGCAUUUCACGAUGUUUGACUCUGCAUUAUGCAGAUAAGCGGGAUCUCGGCACACUUGAGUACCAAAUGAUUACUCUAGUUCAAGGCAACAAAACGGUGGAACAAUUCUAUCAAGCCGUGUAUGAACAUUUGUCUCUUAUUUUAAAUAAAAUUUCGUGUAUGGAAAUCGGAAGUGAAUCCAUGAACGUCUUAAUAGGCACAUACCGCGAUAAGGCUUUAGAUACUUUUAUUAGAGGUCUUAAAGGUGACCUACCGCGAUUAUUGGGAAUGAAAGAACCAGUAGACCUACCACAAGCUUUAUAUCUAUGUACAAAAUUACAAAACCAAAACUUUAGGGCUCAGUAUGCCAGACAUACUAAUAACAUUGGAAAAGGGCUAAGCACAAGCUCACCACCACUUUUUUCCUAUAGUUCACACCCUAACACAUUUAACCAACAUCGCGAUUAUCCUCAACCAUUUCGCUCGCCACAAACACCUCAAAGGGUAUUCCAACCAAAUAGACCUUACAACCAAUACCGUUACGGACAUAAUGAUUAUAAAUUUCCUCCACCUAGACCAACAAGUGGAUUUUCCAAUAAUCAAAAUCCACCAAAACUACAAAGAAAUUUUCAUAUCAAUAAUUCAGAAAUCGUAAACGAACAAGAUAAUUAUGAACAAAACUUAAUUGAAUACACGAACAAAACAAAAUUUAUAAACGAGACAUUUCCUAAUGAAACUGAAGACUUUACAGACAUACAUUUUUUUAGAUUAAGCAAUUCAUCACUACCAUAUUUCGAGUGCAAAACAACUAGCGGUGAAUUGCUCAAAUUCCUUAUCGAUACUGGCUCGAACAGAAAUUACAUACAACCAAAACAUGUUCAAAACCCCAUUCCUAAUAAAAAUAUAUUCUACGUAAAUUCAAUAGCAGGUAAUGUUAAGAUAACUCACCAUACAAUGGUAAAUUUAUUUAAACAAAAUCAUUUCAAUGUAAAAUUCUUUUUAUUGCCACCUUUAAAAUCCUUCGACGGAAUAUUAGGGAAUGAUAGCCUAAAAGAACUAUCCGCCAUCAUUCAUACGAAAGAAAAUUAUAUGACUAUUUGCAAUAACUAUAAAAUCAAAAUAAAACAACAAUCUGCAAAUUCCUUAAAUAACAUUGGCAUCAGAACAGAAACACAUGACUGAACAAGAAAAACUUCAUAUCGAAAAUUUAAUAAGACAAUACUCAAAUUUAUUUGCUGAACCAAACGAAAAGCUUACAUUCACAACCAUCGUAAAAGGUGAAAUAAAAACUACAACCG